AGGAGUAGCACAUCUACAGCUGCUGCUGCCUUUGCCAUUGCUACUUCAGCUUCUUCCAAUCCUCGUGAUAAUGGAACCGGACCGUGUACAGUCAGCCGAGAGAGUAGACCAGGAUCCAGGCGACGGAAGGAAAGUGUUAUGUCAACAGCGGCUACAAUGAGGGUUCUAAACGUUCUUCGUCAUUGGGUUUCCAAGCAUGCACAGGACUUUGAACAAGAUGUCAGACUGAAGAGCCUCACGAUAGAAUUUUUGGAAGAUAUAAUUUGUAGCCCAAAUCUAUUACCAGCUGAACAUAAAGCAGCAUCACAACUUUUAAGACUGAUUACAAAGGAAGAACCAGCUGGUAGUCGAGUAGACUUAGAUCAGCUGUUGGCUAUACCUCCGACUCCUAGUAAGGAAAAUAUAGAGACCCUAUCUGCUUUGGAGAUAGCCGAACAAAUGACAUAUGUUGAUCACCAAAUAUUUCUGUCUAUUCGCAGCGAAGAGUUCCUUGGUCAAGCUUGGAUGAAGACUGAUAAAGCUACGAAAGCGCCUCAUAUAAUUCUUAUGACAAGACGAUUCAAUGAGGUCUCUCAAUUGGUCGUUUCUGAAAUAGUACGCCGUUCUAACAUAACAGCAAGAAUUCAAGCUAUAGAAAAAUGGGCUGCUGUCGCAGAUAUUUCAAGGUGCUUACACAAUUUCAAUGGUGUUUUACAAGUAUGUGCAGCAUUUACAAACACGGCAGUCUACAGGCUUAAGAAAACUUGGGAAAAAGUUUCAAAAACUACAAAACAAACAAUAGAAAAAUUGCAGGCUAUUGUUUCUUCAGAUGGAAGAUUUAGAAAUCUCCGUGAUGCCCUUCAUCGUUGUGAUCCUCCUUGUAUCCCUUAUUUAGGAAUGUAUCUGACUGACCUCUCGUUUAUUGAAGAAGGUACACCAAACUUCACACAGGAUGGUUUAUUGAAUUUUUCUAAAAUGAGAAUGAUAGCGCAUGUAAUUCGUGAGAUACGUCAUUUUCAACAGACACCUUAUAAAAUAGAAAUGAUUAGUAAGGUAACAAACUACCUCUUGGACACGUCUUUACUUCUUGACGACGAUGAAUUGUACCAAUUGUCUCUAAAAAUUGAGCCUAGAACAUCUCGUCUCAGCUCUUCAGGCUUAAUUGGGCUUCCUUCGACUUCGAGAUAACCAUCUUUUUAUAUUUUGAAUAUUUUUCAUUUAUAUUAUUACGAAUAUGAA